AUGUCGCACCCACCUACGCCAAAAUGGCCUGCAGAUGAAGUUGGUGUGCCCAGUAUAGAAGGCGACGAAUGCUUCGGAGACUUGGUAGACAAACUAUGCCAGUUCUUCGAGCAUACGAUUAAACUGCCACAUGCUUUCGAAGACCUGCGCCGGUCGCAGGAAGGACGCGCUCUACAGCCCCUGAUUCACUACCUCUCCAACCAAGUCGACCACCCUGCCCUCGUGUCCGCCCUCUUGGCUCUGAAAGGUCAUUUUUCUGCACUGGAAGAAGCCAGCGACGAGCCGGGAGUGAAUGAGGCGCGAGGCUAUGCAUGCGAAUUUGUUGCUUGGCAGUUCUUGACAAGUCUCAAGGAAGCUGAUAUCAUCGACUUUUUGCUGGUCGAGCUACCGCCUGCUGCCGAUGCAAGCACCCCGGAUACAAACAACGGAUUAGGUCUCGACGAAAAUGGACAGGGCUCUACACAUCCGAGCGAGCAGUCGCCGCUGCUGGCCACCUCCAAUACCGAAUACUUUGAUCACGGCGACGCUAAGAAGUCCCGAUUUGCGUCGUUGAUGUCGCAAUGCGAAAACCUUAGUGCGCUGGAGCUUGCGACUGUAUCUGGCGCGAAGAAGUUCCUCUCCCAGAGACCAGUUCAAAAGAUUAUCAAUGGCCUAUGGAAGGGGGAUAUUGUAUUCUGGGAGACCCUUGGCCUACACUCAGUGAAAAAGCCGAAGAAGUACAACCGCAGACAGGCUGAUCCCUUCUCUCGUUUACGGGUUCCGUUAUAUCUGAAGAUAUUCGAGACGCUGUUCUUCGCAGCGUUUCUAGCACUGUAUUACGCAGUGUUGGUGAAGCGCAACAACACUAGGGUGACCAUCCCCGAGCUCUUGUUGUAUGUGUGGAUUGCUAGCUUCGCAUACGAUGAGUUCGCCGACUGGCUCGACGCUGGACAGACAUCCUUCUAUGCCUCGGACUUUUGGUGGACGUGGGACAUAAGCAUUGUCGUCGUCGGCUUUUCGUUCUGCAUUAUGAGAAUCGUCGGUCUGACAACAGCAAACGCUGCCACGAUCGAUCUUGCGUACGAUGUGCUUGGACUAGAAGCUCUCUUCCUUGUACCACAGAUGACGAAGGAUUUCGUGAAAUUCCUCUCCCUCGUUGUAAUCCUAUAUCUAGGAUUCUUGACUACGUUUGUGCUGCUGGCUCGUGACAGCAGAUUCAACCCGAAACAGAUGAGCUGGAUUCUGGUCAAAGUUUUCUUCGGUUCGCCGUUCUUUGGUCCUCCGGUUAUGGUGUUGGAUCAUGCGCGAGACGAAUAUCUCUUCAUGUUCGUACCCACUGUACUCAUUGCCCCUUCUCAAACACUGACCGCAGCGACAAUGCAGUUAUUCCGUUUACGUACUCGAAGCAUCGAGUUCGAAAAGGUUGACAUACUUCCUGCCUCCACUCUCCAAGCUUUGUGCUCGGUUCCUGGAGGCAGCAUCGUGCGGGUUCUCUGCCGUCGUCAUUUUACGGACGAGCCUCGUUCUGCCGCCCAGGCAUCAUCCUCGAAUCAAGACUGCUGCAAAUCCUUGUGGGCCCUUGAUGGACUCAUCUCCACAGUGGUCCUCACCAUUGCAAGGCUGACCAGGCUCCAGAAUCUCAUUCCGCUAGUCAUUCGACCGUUGCGGCUCAUUCUGCCUUCUGAGCGGCUUCGGGGUGCUCGCAUCGUCUUGCUCAAAGCUACUCAUCUACCCUUCGUAUUCGCGAUCUGGGCGUUUGAGCACCUUGCCCAUGCCCGCACACGCGACGCUAAAGUGACGUCGUUUAGCGGUCCUCAAACACACGCACUGCCCAAGAGGCCCCCUCGUCUGCCUGUGAACUCGCCGCGCCUACUCAUGGCAGAUGCGCAAAGCAAUGUGGGAAGGAUGCAACAAAUGAAUUGGUCCCACACCCGAGCAGGGUUUACAGAACCUGAUGCUCAGUUGAAGACACUAGUUGCAAGACUCUCGACGCAAGUAGAAGAACUCACCGCGAUGGUGUCGCAGCUCCAGGACCAACGCGAAGCGAGCACGUCGGCCGCUUAA